CAACAAACGACCAAUCAGCUGUUGCCAUAAUCACAAGAGAGACGCAAAAAAACACAAGGAAGUAGCAACAAAGAAGAUUUUUAGCUUUUCUACCCUAAUACCGCUCAAUGAAUUAACCCGUAAACAUGGCAUUGAGCAUAAAACAUGCAGAAAUAGCGAUAGAAAAUUUCAAUAAUCAAGUGCAAAAGCAGAUAAAGCAACUAAAGGACCACAAAUUAAACAUCAAAAAAUUUCUACAUAAAAACGAAUACGAGGGUGUCAAACGAGAAGAAGUCGGUGCAAUUCGCACAGUGAAAAACAUUAAAAACACAAUUUUAGAGAUACAAGAACUCCGUGCACGUUUCACGAAACCCGAAGACCUUGAAUUGUUCGAUCAACGAAUCGCGUGCAAGAAAGAUGAAGCCUUGCGGGAAGUCAAAAGUUUCUUGGAUAUGGAGUUGCGACCGAAAACGACGCCAAUUAACACAAAUCCCGAUCAAAUUGCGGAUCUAGACGACGAUUCCAUUCCUCCGAUACAAAUGUGCUUAGAUGAGUUGGAUGAAAAUCAGCUAAAGGCGAGAACAAAAUUGCUUCAUGACAUGGAAAAUAUCGAAAAUGAGUUGGCUGGGUUGUUUGAAGUGUUUAAAAAAGUACAUGAUAUGGUGCAUGAGCAAGCAGAGCCCGUUGAACGUGUCAGUGAAAACGUUGCAGAUACGCAAAUUAGCGUUGAACAGGGAACGUCGCAUCUGAGAACGGCUCUAAAGUAUCAAAAAGCGGCUUAUCCGUUGAUGGGAGCUGUGAUAGGAACAUGUAUUGCAGGUCCCCUUGGAUUGAUCGCAGGAAUGAAAACCGGAGCAUCCCUCAUGGCAGCUGGAGGACUUGCGAGUGUCACGGGAGGCUUUUUGGGCUUUUCCGGAGGAAAAAUUCUCAAAAAAGAGGCGAUAGCGGAAGGAACGAUACCCGAAUCAACCACACAACAUUGAAAUAAUCGUAAAGCACGCGUGAAUCAGGUCAAUAGGUUAAUUUCUUGAACGAUUGUAGACAAAAUGCAUCUAUUUAUACAAAUAAGUUAUUCAAUAGGCCCGAUGAUAACAGUUAAAUUUAUUGUUUUGUAGAGAUAUAAAAGAUUAUUGAAUUAAUUAUAAGCGAAUUCGUUAAUUUUAAGAUGAAAUACAAAAAAAUAUUAUUUUCUCGAACAUUC